AUAUGCGGGAAUCAAGGGUUGUGCGUUAGUGUAGACUUAACCAUAGCGGACUUUGGUUCGUGGGAACAGGAUGGCACCUUUUUUGGAUAUUCUAAGCAAGGCUGUGUCCGGUUUACGCCGUGACGACGACUUCUACGACCGUCUCAGCCAUCGCUACACCGCCUUGUUUCUGAUGGUGUUCGCAGUCCUGGUCAGCACACAGCAAUAUGUCGGCUCGCCAAUCAUCUGCUGGACGCCGGCCAACUUUAUAUCGAAUUACGUCUCCUACACCAACAACUACUGCUGGAUAUCAAACACGUACUACAUGCCAUUUGAGGAGCGGAUACCAAAUCACGAACUCCCCCGACCUCACAUCGGGUACUACCAGUGGGUACCCAUUAUGAUGCUUCUCCAGUCCCUUCUCUUUUACAUUCCCACCGUGGUGUGGCGCCUUAUGAGUGGCAGCACUGGGAUUGAUAUGAACACCAUCACCAAGGCCAUCGUAGGACGGGAGUAUCUGAAUCCGGACAAAAGAGAUGAGGCUAUAAAGUAUCUUGUACGGCACAUGGACAGGUAUUUUGGGUCCAAUAAGCCCCAGGAUAAAGAAUGCUGCAGUGGAGGAAUACGUGGCCUGAUUUCUAACGUACUUAUGUGUUGCAAGAUUGGAAAACGACACGGGAAUUUUCUGAUAUUUCUCUAUAUGAUCACCAAAGUUUUGUACGUCACCAAUGCCAUUGCCCAGUUGUUCCUGCUGAAUGCUUUCCUGGGAACGACGUUUCAUCUGUACGGAUUCGAUGUUAUACGCGACCUGGCUUUGAAUAACGACUGGCAUGUUUCCGGGCGGUUUCCGCGAGUCACCCUCUGCGACUUCAAGAUUCGUCAGCUCGGCGGCAACAUUCAUCGUCACACGGUGCAGUGUGCUUUACCGAUCAACAUGUUCAAUGAGAAAAUCUACAUUUUCAUCUGGUUUUGGCUCGUGUUUGUUUGCAUCGCAACAGUUUUCGGGUUCCUAACUUGGAUCAGUGUGUUUUUCACUAACGAACGGAAGCAAUUUGUGAUGAAAAAUCUUCUGUUGAAGAACAGAAUUAUGGGCACAGAAGAUGACAGGCAGCUUUGCAAAGCUUUUAUUCACGAUUAUCUACGUCAAGACGGCGUAUGGGCACUGAAGUUACUAAACAGAAACUCAAACGACGUGAUAGUGGCUGAGUUUACAGCUGAACUAUGGGAUUUAUAUCGUAAAAAGAAUAGCCUAGGUGCAGAGCCCGAAAACGAAAAAGAAGAGACAAAUUUAUAAUCUUACAAAUUGCAUUAGGUGUGCCCAUGCGGAUGCGCAAUACACCCAAUCGCAGUUGGUGCGAUUGUGAGGUUGAUUGAACCCAAUGCUGCCCCUGCGCCCAGUAUCGCUGCAAUUGUAUACAACAGACUGGAGAAACAUCGUGACUCUAAUGAUAUUGUGACGAAAUUAUUAUAGUGACUUAUUUUGCUCUCUAAGAACAUAUGCACAGCUUUGACUGCUUUUUGCAAUUUUUGGUAAGAACAUUCACAGAAGAACUUUUAGCAUCAAUUCAUUUUUUAUCGACAAAGAAUGGACUUACUUUUGGGGCUUUCUUAACCACCAAGAAAUAGAUUUUUUAAAAAGGAGUGUAAAGUUUGUAAAAAUUAAAUGUCAAUUAAGCACUCUUUGUCUUCAAGCGGGCUAUAUUUACCGAGAAAAGUUCGAAAGAUGAAAGUUAAAGAAAAUCAUCUUUUUG